CAUCCCACCCCUUGUGUGUCUCAGGCUGCCCUCCCUUUCUUACACAACCUCCCCCUGGCCUCUACUCCUCAUGGCUAUUGGCUUAAACAGCAAAGUCUCAUUCUUUUCCCUUCUGUUCAAAGGAAGGCUUUGGAUCCUUUCCAGAAAGGAACUACACUCGGUCAGCUGAGCAUUGCUUGAAGCCCUGUCUCAUGCACUGAACUUUGUUUUUUUUCCCCUGAGCCACAAAGUAAAACUUCUGCGGGACCUUCGGAGAAGUAGACGUUUCCUCUAAGCUCUAGAGAGCUUGGCUCUGUGUAGUGAUGGAGUCUCAGGAAACCCCAGGCGUUCAUUACAGCCGCUGGACUGAACAAAAUCAGGAUCAAGUUAGCAUAAACGCAUCAAACACAGAGACACCGGCCUGGAGAAGAGUCUACAACGUGCUGUGUACUGGGAGGAUCGGAAUCAUUAUGAAAGUAUUGGGAGGACUGGCCUUGUUCUGGAUUAUAUUUAUCAUCGGUUAUGUCACUGGUUACUAUGUACACAAGUGCAAGAAGGGGUAACGGGAAGUCAGCCGCUGCAGACGACGUUUCAUGAAGAUAACAAUGGAGCCCUCUAUCUGAAGACUUGGGGAAAUGUUCUAUGGAGCUCUCCCACGAAGGAUGACAAAUAUAUAUAUUUAUCAGGAUAUUCAGAAUGGACUUAAAGAGAAAAAGCAGCUCAUGAAAUGAAGGUUUAUUUUCUCUUCAGUAAUAGAAAACUGGAGGAAAGUAUCUGUGUUGCC